AUGUCUCAAUCUUCUUCCAGCAAUUACACUUUAGACGAGCUUCCACCACUUAUCAUUGGUGGAGCCGUCUGCAACACCAUAUAUUCAAAGGAUCCAUCGAAGCUUCCGCUAGCUGAUAUUUUCAGGGAAGCAUUUUCGAAGGGCAAUACCGCUUUGGAUACCUCGCCGUACUAUGGUAAAUCGGAGGAGCUUAUGGGCGCCGCUUUGGACUCAAUUAAGGAGGAAUGGCCACGUGAGAAGUAUUUUAUUUUCACUAAAGCCGGAAGAAUCCAAGAGGACGAAUUUGACUAUAGUAGACAACAUGUGCGGAAAUCGGUGUUGAGAUCUUUACAGAGACUCAAGACCACAUACUUGGAUGCGGUAUACAUGCAUGAUGUUGAAUUUGUUACUGCCGACGAGGCAUUUGAGGCACUUCGUGAGCUCGUGCAGCUCAAAAAGGAGGGGAUUAUUAAGUACAUCGGUAUUUCCGGAUAUCCCGUCGAGUACUUGUACAAGCUCGCUUACGAAUGUAGCACCACCCAUAGUAACGAAAUCGGGGCCUUGGACGUAAUUCUUUCCUACAGUCAUGGAUGUUUACAGAACAACAAGCUUUUUGACAUUUACGAGGACUUCCUCACCAAGGCUCACGUCAAAAAGCUCAUGAACGGGUCCAUUUUGAGUAUGUCGUUGCUUCGAUCCGGACCAACACACGAUUUCCAUCCUGCGUCGAAAGAGCUCAGAGAUGCCGUGCAAGAUUCCGCCGACAAGCUCUUGAAGGAAGAUAAUGUUGAGCUAGCCGAGCUCGCCACGAGAUACGCAAUCAAGAAGUGGCUGUUUCUUCCCGGAGAGAAGGACUCUGAGGGUAAGUUGAAGAUAAAUCCUAAGGUGAGCACUGUCUUGGGCGUGUCUUCCAUUGCGGAAUUGGAGUCGGCGCUCAAGGGUUUCGAAGAUGUCAGAAGUGAUUUGGAUAAUGGAGAUGAGGCGCUUUUCGAAAAGUUCCAGUUUCUGUUGGGCUCCCAUUUCAACGAGACCUGGCCCAGUGGCAUCGAGCACUGA